ACUCCUCGCUGCCUUUUCUUUCUCCCGUUCACCCCGCUCUAUCUCUCGUGGCCUUCUUUCUAGCGGCGACGACUGGGGCGAGCGCCGCCGCCCUACCCCAGGUGCCCAUCCGGCCCUUCGCCAGGUCUGCGUCGGGCUCCUCGCCGGCGACGAGUACCCUCCAGGCAUGCCUGAUUAUCACGGCGGCGAUGUUGAGGAGAUGGAGGAUGAGUACGACAUGAACGAGCCAGUCGAUGACAUGGAGGAGGAGGAGGAGGAGGAGGAGGAUGAGUACCAAGAGCCCGCGGUUAGGGACUCCGAUGUCGAGGAGGAAGAGGACGAGGACCAAUCGCAUAAGGUCCACGACACAUCAGCAGCAGAUGUAAGAAAUGGGAGAGAUAUACAAGGAAUACCCUGGGAGAAGAUGGCGAUCACAAGAGAAACAUAUAGGCAGGCCCGGCUAGAGCAGUACAAAAACUAUGAGAACAUACCUAAUUCUGGAGAAGCAGCAAUGAAGCAGGCAUGCAAAUCUACUGAGAAGGGCGGAACAUAUUAUGAAUUCAGACGAAAUACUAGAUCAGUGAAAUCUACUAUCUCACACUUUCAGCUGAGAAAUUUAGUAUGGGCCACAUCGAAACAUGAUGUCUACCUAUUAUUGGAUUACUCUGUACUUCAUUGGUCGGCCUUAAGUGGUGGGGAUACAGAAAUUAUGGAUGUAGAUGGACAUGUUGCACCAAGUGAGAAGCACCCAGGAAGCUUAUUAGAAGGGUUUUUUCAUACUCAAAUCAGUACCAUGGCAGUGAAGGAUAAUUUGCUAGUAGCUGGCGGUUUCCAAGGAGAGCUAAUAUGCAAACACCUAGAUCGAGAAGGAAUAAGCUUUUGCUGUAGGACAACAUUUGAUGAUAAUGCAAUUACCAAUGCAUUGGAGAUAUUCAACACAUCUAGUGGAGCUCUUCACUUCAUUGCAUCCAACAAUGACUGUGGUGUAAGGGAGUAUGAUAUGGAAAGAUACCAGCAGUAUAAGCAUUUCCGAUUUGAUUGGCCAGUGAAUCACACUUCAUUGAGCCCUGAUGGAAAGCUUGUUGUUAUUGUUGGCGAUGACACAGAUGCUUUGCUUAUUGAUGCUAAUUCAGGAAAGACUAUUCAUUCAAUGAAAGGCCACUUGGAUUACUCCUUUGCGUCGGCUUGGAGCCCAGAUGGGCUGACAUUCGCCACAGGUAACCAAGACAAAACUUGCCGGAUCUGGGAUGCCAGAAAUCUCUCCCAGUCUGUCCAUGUCUUGAGAGGCAACGUUGGAGCUAUAAGAUCUAUUCGCUUCACAUCAGAUGGACAGUUUUUGUCGAUGGCAGAGGCAGUAGAUUUCGUCCACAUCUUUGACAUCAAAAGUGAUUACAACAAGAGACAGGAGCUGGAUUUCUUUGGUGAUGUAUCUGGUAUGUCUUUCAGCCCCGACACGGAUGCACUUUAUGUCGGAGUCUCAGAUAGGACAUACGGCAGCUUACUUCAGUUUGGCCGCCGCUAUAACUACUCAUACCUCGAUUCACUACUAUGAUCAUCAAAGCAAACAAGUGUUGGGCGUCUUAUGUUUCAGCUGUGCUGAUAGUCAACCCAGAUUAAGUAUCCCAAUCAGAUUUAAUUUAGCUUGGUAUUCUCACCAAGAAUCAUGUACCCUGAUGUAUGUGUAUAUAAAGAACUGUAUUCUAUAGACACCUAUAAUCUGCUUUUGAGAUGGAAUCAGGUGUCAGGACUCAAAACCAUAAGUUCUAUUUCAAUUCGUUGUAGCAGUAGAUGAAUCCAUAAAGUCAGAACUUCGCAUACCAA